AUGUCCUUCUCAAGAUGCAACGAGUCCACCUUCGCCUACUUUCCAAUGAAUGCUGUCCCAUUCGCGAAAGGCGCGUUCAAAAAAGUCUGGCGUGGCCACUACACCGACGGACCUCGCAAGGGAGAAGAAUGCGUCUCCAAGGUGUUCACGCGCUCCGUCUUCGAGGACCACUACUUCAAAGUCGAGAUGAGGGUGAUCAGGCGGGCCCAGUGGAUCAUCGAUGCUUGGAACGCCACGGGGGUCAUCGGCAUGCCCGUCGUCCUUAACGUCCCCGCGAUCUGGACGAGCCAGAUCGAUGGCGAAAGGCGUCUGGUCGAGCCGUUCAUCAAGGACUUCCAGAAGUUCAACAGCAACGCCGGGUUGGUGUACUUCCAAGGGACCCCGUGGAGCGACGCGCUGCAGGCCCUGAGCCACUUCUCGUACCACCACUCCCACGGUCGGAUGCUGCUCUGCGACAUACAGGGGGGCAUAUACACGGAUGGAUUGUGA